UACGUUUUGCUCAUCUUUCAAGUUUCAACCGACCUUGCGGGCAUUCCAAAUACGGAAGUCAUGUCUUCAGACCACUUUAUGAGAAGCUUUGGUGUAUUUCUAAAAAAAUCAAACCAGCAUUACGAGAAUGCCCGGACCUUGCAAAAUUAUCUUCCUCAGAUCGUUAAAAAAGCUGUGUCGUCUAUUAUCAUCGAGCAGCGACCUCAGUUCAAUAUCCUAGGCGUUGGAAGCGGUACUGGAGAGACUGAUAUUGAAAUUGUUAACAUAGUUCAGCGAGAGUUGAUAAAAAAGCAGGAAUGGAAACACAUACGUAUUUUGAAUCGAGCUGUUGAGCCUGACGAGCCUUCAACCCAAGGAUACAAGGAGAAAAUUGCGAAAGUUGGCCAUGCCACUUCUCCAAAUUACGAAAUCAGACAACAGACGUUUCAAGAGUACCAAAAAUCCAAUGAAGAUCGUAUGACAUUUGAUAUCGUGCAUUUUAUUCACAGUUUGUAUUAUGUAGAUCUUGAACAAACUGUGAUGUAUUGCGUAGAGAAUCUGCUAGCCGAGAAUGGUUAUUUGGUUUGCCUGAUAGGCAACAGCGACAGCAUUCCUUGUAAGCUACUGUCGAUAAUGAGACAACGGAAUCGCGACGAUGCUAUGACUAAUCUCACCGAGUCCAUAAGCAUCGAGUUAUCGGAAGAGCUCGUGAAGAUUGUGGGAAAACACGGUUUAAAGCACGAGUUUUAUCGCGCUGGAACGUUUCUAGAUGUUAGCGAAGUAUUCAACGAGGAAUCGGAGGAAGGAAGCCUACUUCUCGACUUUCUGACCAACACUGAGAACUAUCGUAAGAUGGUGAGUCAACAUGACUUGGAGGAGACGCUGGCAAUAAUCGAAGGAAUGACCUUUGUCAAAGAUGGAAAGCGUCUGGGAGACAUAAAAGAAUCGCUGCUGUUCAUCUACAAAACACAUCAAAGAAGGCCCUACCAAACCGUGGCCAAAGAGCAAAGAGCUUGUGUUUUAAUAAACCUUGGUAAUUCUUAA